GGCCGGUCCCUUGUUGCCAUGGCGACCUAACUCUGCAGUUAGACGCUGAAAACAAUCAAACUUCCUGGACUAAAAUCACCGCCGUGUUUGUGUUUCUCUGCAUUUCCCCCGUAAUUAAACACAAAAGAGUGGCUUCAGGAUUAAAUUAAAGUGUAACUGAGGAAUUCCCAGAAAACACCAGAGGUAGAGGAAAAACUGACCAUCCUCAACCAAUUAAAUGUCUGUUUACUGACCUAAUGUGUUCACAUUCAGGUAAACGGACACAAUUCAUGACAAAUGACUGCUAAGUCCAGCCGUAAGACUAACUUCAGGAUGAAGCAGUCGGUGAAGUCCUUCAACAACAAACGGGUUUUGGAUUUAUCGAUCCUGUCCAAGAAGGAAAUAGCUCUGUUCAGAAACAGUCCAAAGCAGUACGUCUGUGUGGAGAUGCUGCAAGAUGGCUACCACAGGGCGUUUUCAGAGGUGUUCUCUCUGCUGCGCUCCGAUCGGGACCAGAGGUCCGAAGAGCUGCCAGGAUCAUCCAGGCUCCAGACCCCCCCUCUGGAGGAACAGCGGGAAAAACUGGAGACCCUCAGGCUCCACCUGAGCCGAGCAGAGAAAGCAGAAAGGGAAGGUUCUUGGACAGCUGUGUGUGAGGAACGUCUCCAUUUAGGUCGCUACUUCGCCCAUCAUGAGGAUUUCUGGCUCAGCUUUCAUUUCUACCACAGCUGCGCUGACAGAGAGUUCGGUGGAAGAUCCAAACCGGCUACAGAGGCCAGACUCCACCUGGCUGACUUAUACCAGCAGAAAGGUGAUCUGGAGGAGGCGAGGCAGCAGGCGGAGAUGGGCCUGAAACAGGCAGAGGAAGGAGGCUGGGUGGACCUGGACGGUCGGCCUCUGAGGCUCAAGGCCUGCACAGAACUGGGAAAAAUCUACAGCCUGCAGGGCGAAGUCUUCCUCGCAGCCAAAGACUACGACAAAGCCAAGAAGCUGUUCCACCAAGGUUCCAAAAUGGCCACAGAGGGUGAAGAUAAGUCGGUGGAGGGGGAAGCGGUCUUCAGACAAGGACUGAGCUUACACAGUUCAGAGGAUCAUCAUGCAGCCAGGAAGGUCUUCAGCACCUGCAUAGAGAUCUUCAGUGAACUGCAAGAUGUGAAAGGACUGGUGAAGACCUACAAGGCCAUAGCCAAGUCCUUAGAAAGCGAAGGAAACAUGGAGGAGACUCUCCAGGUGUUGGAGAAGUCAGUGGAUAUCUGCCGAAGCAGCGACCAGCAGGGCAAGCUGGCAGACAUCUGUCUGUAUCUGGGCAGCAUCUACCGCGACCUGGGUCAGCCUCUGGAAGCGUGCAAAUACCUCCUACAGGGUUACAAAGCCGCCUGUAGCGCAGGAGACGUAACUCUGCUGCAGAAGGCACAGGUGAAGCUGGGUCGUACAUGCGCACUCUCUCUUAUCAGAAAGUACAGCUCCGACAUGGAGUCUUCCUCGCUGACCUCGGUGAAACGACUGGUGGCCUGGAAGGAGACCAGAGGACACCAGGACUUCUGUUCAGACGUUGCAGAUUUAAAUCUUGCUGCCUUCAUGGGGCAAACAGUCAGCAGCUGCUUGUUGGAGGAAGGAGAAGGAAAAUCUCAGCAUUAGUCUGUAAAUACUGCCAACCACUCAUACAGUCCAAUAAAUAAAAUAAUUUAAAUAA